AUGUCAGCGGGGACCAUCGUGAUAUCCGGAGGAAUUCUCGCCGGAGUGAUUCUGCUGAGCAUCGUAGCGGUGCUGUGUUACUGUAGGCUGCAGUACUACUGCUGUAAGAAGGGAGGCUCUGAGGUGGGCGGGGGCUCCGUGGGGGGGGCGGACCCGCUCGCUCACUUCCCCUGUAGCGCCUGCAGCGCGCUCGCCAUGGACGGCACCCCGGUCCCUCUGGACCCCCUGGACCCCCUGGACCCUCUGGACCCCCUGGACCCCCUGGACUCUCGCCGCUGCGCCACCUGUUCUCCGUACUCGCUGCUUAACGGAGGCGACCGGCUGGGCUUCCACACGUACUACGAGAACCCGAGCGUGGCGCUGCCGCUGAGCUCCAGCCCCCACGGCUCCUCCCACAACAUACACAGCUCCUCCCACAGCAUACAUGGCUCCUCCCCCAUCCCGCAGUGCUCCUCCCCUCUGAGUUACUACAGUCCCACGGACAUGUUCCCUCCCCCGCCGCCUCGGCCCUACAGCACCCAGGUCUGA